ACGAAAAUAUUAAGGAAUGAAAUCGAAGUUUUUGCCGAAGGCCUUCCUGCCCAAUCCAAGGGUAAAUGGAAUUUUUGAAAUGUAUUGACGAUUAUUAAUCGAUAUUUCACUUAACAUGUAUACUUAACGCGCAUGGUAGCAGGAACAUAAAGGGUGCAUCGAGAAUAUAAUCAAUCAUUGGAAUUGAAACUAUAUAAAUAGUUAACGAAAGUCACAACAGCAGUGUGGUGUUUUCCGGCUCUGUAGAAGAAGCAUCUACUGUCGAAUCUAGGAAAUUUUGGGUAUAAGGAAACCGUUAUCGCUCAAAACUGACGUACUCUCAAGUUGGUGUUGGUCGUUAUUCCACAAAAAUACAAUGUAUAUCCGGUCCGUGUAAUGUAUCUAUUUUGAUCUUCAUUUUGUCCAGAAUUUUUGAGAGUGAAUUGAAUAAUAUGAAUGGGAAUUGCGGUAAACGAUCUCCCACUGUCCAGCCGAUAAUGGAAGACAUAGACGUACGUGAAUUCGACGAAAUAGACGAAUCUAUCAAGUACAACGAAGCGGUAGUACAUGCAUAUGCCGUAUGGCGCAAAAAGACUAUAGAACAUAAGAAGCUUAGACAAAAAAAAUGUUUUUGUUUAGGUUUUAGCCUUUUCAAGAAGAGAGACAUUGAAGAAGAAAAAGAGAGGCAGUUACUGAUGAAGGAUAUGGAACUAAACGUUAUAUAUGCAUCGUGCUGGGAUAGCAACUCAUUGCUUUCCACCAUACCCUACAUGCCAAUCAAACUAGCCUGCCUCUGUGCUUUUUUAAACAUAUUUCUUCCAGGCUGGGGAACCUUGGUCGGUGCCAUAAGUAUCUUCAUAUGCAGCAAUCCACAAGGCUUAACCAAACGCGAGUCAGAGGAUCUAGUAGAUCCAUUCAUAAGCAACCUCUGCGUGGGGAUCUCACAAAUGUUUACCGUUACGUUUCUACUCGUCGGCUGGAUAUGGAGUGUCGUGUGGGGUAUAAAUAUGGUAUUACUGUCUAAGCAUCACAACUACCUUGUGGACAGUGAGAUUAAACGGGUCAAAACGUUGGGGAUUGCGAAUAAGCUCUUUAAAUAAGUCAUAUAACCACGUCAAGUUAUUUGUCAUUUUAUUUUUGGAUGGAAACAUUGCUAUUAUCUCCAAGGAGUAUUGGUCAAUGACUGUUUGACAAUUUUUUUGCUUAUGAAUAUUCAUGAUAUUAGCUACCGGGUACAACAUGUAAAUAUGUAUAAUUAAAGAAAAGACAGGUAUACAUUUGUUUAAAAUGAGAUUAUUUCAAUAAAGUAUCAUGGAAAUAUG